AUGACGCCAGGAAGGACGUUGUCCGGAGGGCCCGCUGGACCUCAGCCAGAUACCUCCAGCCCCAAACCGCCUGGUGUCACUCUACCUACGACAAAUGCCAAAUUUCUACCCGAAGGCAUCAUCUGCGCGGCCUCGUUCAAGGAGUUUCUCCGACUUUGGCUCAACAAGCAUCGAAGUACCGAUGCCGAUUGCUUCCGACGACAACACCCCUCUGAAGAUCCCGUCAAUGCGGACCAUGGCGAGAUCUCUACGCUCACCAUACGCGCCAUCUCCCUUGUCGAUACCAUCGUCUGGUCUCAGCGCACGAGGCGCCCCAAAUCUCCCACCAGUCCGCUGUCUCAGUCAUCCACAUCAUUUGCGCCUUCGUCUCCUACCACUUCCUCACGACGACACCAACUAAGACAAGUGACCUCGAAUCCGACACUCGCCGCGCCUCCUUCCCCUCGUAUCAUAGUACCGCCGUCGCUUUCAAGGAAAAGGUCGUCGGGCGCCUCUCCGACAUCUCCCACUCAGCAAUCGACGUCGGAUCGAGGAUCUACAUCGACGCCUCCGAGACAAAACUCUAUCCCUGACGUCUCCUCCAGCGCUGCUUCAAGGGUUUCCGUCGAUGGGGAGAAUCCCUGCGGGAUGGUAGCUUCGCCUACGCCAAUGGUCACCCGUCAAUUAUCCCUACCCUCGAAGUUAUCAUUGCCCAAUCUUCGGCGAAAGCAAAGUCGACAAGAUGACGCCUCCAGCAUCGCCGCAAGCUCGAUCGAUAAUGAGUACGAGACAGCGCAGGCCGAGGGCAUGGACUUCGAGCUUGUACGACCCAGCUUCAGCCACCUUCAUUCCGCAAGAACCAGCGAAGAUUCGUCUUUCGUGAAGGACGGAGGGUCCAUCGAUCUAGGCAAGCCAGAACUGACUAUUGGCGGACUCUUGCGAACGGGUAGUCCUGCGAUGUCUUUCUCGUGGGCAUAG